AGAUUUUAAUCCAUCUCCCCUUUCUUUUCUUCCACACUUCCCAAAUCCUUCGACCCACUCUCUCCCUCACGUCAUCUUCGAUCUCGAUCUCAAUCUCAAUCUCAGCCUCUGCUUCUUGCCUUUUGUAUUUAUUCGCUUCCUUAGCCUUUCUCUUUGCCAUUGGCGCGUGACUCCGACUGGAAUUCAGGAUGCAGCCCGCUUCCGAGGCCAACCAACGCAUUGCAAGAAUCUCUGCCCACCUUCACCCACCUAAUUUCCAGAUGGAGGAGAGCUCGGGCUUAAGGCGUGCGAAUUGCCGGGCGAAGGGCGCGGCGCCAGGAUUUAAGGUCGCGAUCCUGGGAGCGUCUGGAGGCAUUGGGCAGCCUCUGGCAAUGUUGAUGAAGAUCAACCCGCUCGUCUCUGUUCUUCAUCUGUAUGAUGUUGUGAAUACUCCUGGUGUCACAGCUGAUAUCAGCCACAUGGACACCGGUGCCGUGGUCCGCGGAUUUCUGGGACAGCAACAACUGGAGGAAGCCCUUGUAGGAAUGGACCUUGUCAUCAUCCCUGCUGGAGUUCCUAGGAAACCGGGAAUGACAAGAGAUGACCUGUUCAAAAUAAAUGCUGGAAUCGUCAGAACCCUUUGUGAAGGAAUUGCCAAAUCUUGCCCGAAAGCUAUCGUUAACCUGAUUAGCAACCCUGUUAACUCCACAGUUCCCAUUGCAGCCGAAGUUUUCAAGAGAGCUGGCACUUACGAUCCAAAGAGACUGUUGGGUGUGACCAUGCUCGAUGUAGUUAGAGCAAAUACCUUUGUGGCAGAAGUACUGGGUCUUGAUCCUAGAGAAGUUGAUGUUCCAGUUGUUGGGGGUCAUGCAGGAGUGACAAUUUUACCUCUUUUAUCUCAGGUUAAACCACCUUGUUCUUUCACUCCUCAAGAAAUUGAUUAUCUGACAUCACGCAUCCAAAAUGGCGGGACAGAAGUUGUCGAGGCUAAAGCUGGAACUGGCUCGGCAACUCUUUCAAUGGCAUAUGCUGCUGUGAAGUUUGCCGAUGCGUGCCUGCGUGGGUUAAGGGGUGACGCUGGUAUUGUCGAGUGUGCAUUUGUUGCUUCUCAGGUGACUGAGCUUCCAUUCUUUGCAUCAAAAGUGUGCCUUGGUCGUACCGGGGCUGAGGAGGUUCGUCCCCUUGGCCCGCUGAAUGAGUAUGAAAGAGCUGGCUUGGAAAAGGCAAAGAAAGAGUUAGCAGAGAGUAUUCAGAAGGGCAUUUCAUUCAUCAAGAAGUGAGCGGGUUAAAGACGUUGCUUUUCGGAACGGAAGAGAUGGCCUCUUCAUAGUUUGCGGUUAUUUUCUACUCCAGAAUUGGUUCUUGGGAAUAAGUGGUUCAGACCCGGGAAGAUAUCGAAGUUUAUUCUACAUAGCUGACGUAGGAAAAACACGGAGGUUUUUCUUUUCUUGAAUGCAACGUACUUGAAUGGUAAUUUGUGUAAUAACGAGGUGGACGGAUGUUUGUAUAUUAUAGUUCUAUGCCCAUCGUCUCCGUGUUUGCA